AUGACCAGCCAGUCUCAGGGAAUCCAGCAGCUUCUGCAGGCAGAAAAACGUGCUAAGGACAAACUGGAGGAAGCCAAAAAAAAGUACAAUAGGAAAGGGAAAGAGGCCAGGGAAGAAGCCAUAGCCGAGAUAGACCACUACCGGUUACAGAGGGAGAAGGAAUUUAGGAACAAGCAAACAAACGUAAUGGGCUCCCAAGGUAACCUCUCUGCUAAAAUAGAAGAGCAAACAACAGAAACCGUUCGAAACCUCACUAGCAGCUACCACAAGAACAUGGAGAGCAUGAUGAAAAAGCUUUUGAGCACAAUAUGCGACAUCAACCCUGAAGUUCACCCAAACUUCAGACAUGCAGUUUAA